AUUGUCAACCCUACUUAGAAUAUGCAGUCGAUGUGUCAAAUUCUUUGAUAGAUUUAGGCAUGUUAAGAGGCAGGUAGUAUCGACCAUGGCUACCAAAGUCAGAGGGUGGACAGUAAUCUGCCUUCUCCUCACUUACGGUAAAUUAGGAAAUACAAAUGAAAACAGAUGCCAGGGACUUGCACAGGAGAGGUCUUUACCAGUUCUAUCAUUUUGCACAGACAACAUGAAAGAAUCAAAUACCUUUUUAAUUCUUGAUGCAUACCUUCCCCGUGAUGAGAGCGUAUCAAGUCAUUGCAUGUGUGAGAUCAAGGUAUUGAGUACAUACAAUACCUCCGUACUCUACAUGAAGCAGGAGACCUCUCUAUUACCGACAGCCAACUGUGGACUGAAAGUAAAACUGUCAAACGAUACACAGGAGGAGAUCCGUGACAUCCAUUGUCACCACGUCGUGGAUACCGAGUAUCACUUACCCAGGCACUCUAGUAUCACUCUAACGCUAAGCAAUAUAUCACAGACCUGGUCCACUGGGUUCUGUUUCCUUUUCUCAUUGAGAUUCGAGCAAGCAACACUCAGUGCUCAAUGCUUCAGUCCUGGAGAAUUCAGAGUUCCCUCAACUUCUACUUCAUCUCUAACAGAACUCUCAACAAAUUUUCAAGACACUAAACAAUGGAGCACAUCAAACAAUGCUUUAUCAACCAUAUUCACAACAGCACCAACAUCCAUGUCAACAGUAUCAGGGUCAACAACUUUAAUUGCGUCUUCAUCGAACGAGCCUGUAAUAUCAACAGACAACCCAACAGCAAGCAAGUCCACAGAUUAUUUUCUUGCUAGUACAACAAUUGAUAUCAAGAACCGAUCAGAAACGACGGAAACUGUUGAAAAACAGAAAAUUACUACAACUAUAAACUAUGAUAGUACUUCAGAAAUACACCAAACAACAAAAUCUGUCGAUGUGCAGAAUUUUACUACAACUGAAAAGUUUACUUUAGUGACAUCAGAAACAUACCAAACAACGGCGAAAGACAGAGCUUCCACUACGAACCAAUACUCCUCCACGACAGAAAUAAAUCAGUCUUCAUCAUCAGAUUCCAUAUCGACGACUCCAGUGAUGUCGACGGAGACUGUAACUACGCCACCAUUGACAUUGGAAGUUGUUCAUUCUACAGAUUUUAAUGUUUUGUACGCUGUUUUACCAGUGAGUGGAGUUCUUCUGUUCGGGAUUCUUGUCAUCGCAGUUAUUCUUUGCAAAAGAAAUCGGAGAGACUUGAAAGGAAGACAAGACUUUAAUAGCUCCAUGCAGAAUGUUGGGAUCCUGUCUUCAUAUGAAGCUGAUACUCAACAAUCUGUAUAUGAUAAUCGCUCUUUUGAAAAAAUGAAAGAGGAACCUCAGUUUUUCUUUUAUGAGGACCAACCAAUCUCUAGAACUAAUGCAAAUAGUGCCGAAACACAGCGACUGAAAAUGGAUAGACAUUAUCCUAAGGCAGGGGUCAAACAAAAUGGUGUACAGCAAAAUAAAAAGCAUAAUUCCCAGACUGGUUUCAGAUCAAAGAGAAGUAAUCAAGAUUCACCACAAUCUCUUAUAAAAGUGACGAUUAAUGGUAGUGAAAGUUUUAUGUUAUAGUUAUUUAACGUUAUUUCCAAGCACAAUAUAUC